UCUACCCGGAGAGUUUAUCCUGAUGCACGCUCCAACAUGGCCGCUAACUUGGAGCAAAUUUUCCAAGAUUUUAUUUUGCAAAAGAUCAGAGAGAUUGAAGAUCAGAAGGAGGAGACAACCUGUGCAGCUCCAGAUGUGAGGCCGGAUCAGAAGGACGAGCAGGACACUGUGAGGGACAGCAGCUCCCAGAGGAGACACAAGGGACACAAGAGACAGAAGAAGAGGAGGAGGAGGAGGAGUCGGGAGCAGGAGAGCAGCUCUGAUCCUGGAUCAGGUCUGGGGUCAGACCUCAGACAAAGGUCCAGACUCCUCAACACAUCUGUGCUGCAGCUGGACAGAAGAAGAACACCGUCAGAGAAGGAGGAGCAGGGUGAGGAUCAUGAAAGCAAGUCCAGGUGCCACAAGGAGCACUCCUCAAAGAAGAAGAAGAAAAAGAAGAAGAAGAAGAAGAAGAAGAGACGUAAAAGUGGAGAAAACUCGUCCGACUCUGACUCUGAGGUUGUAUCGAAGCAGAGAAUCGAUAGACGUGAUCAGUCACUGAGACGACGGGAGGAGCUGCCUGAUAUUAUCCCAAAACAGGACAGCUCCAACAAGGACAACGCCAGUGAGAAAAGACACGACAGGACGAGUCCUUGUUCUUUUUCAAAGUCCUGCUCCGAGCAGAGGAACUCCCCUUCUGCAUCAGAACCCUUCCACAGAAGGUCUGGGAGUCAGAUCCCGUGCAGUCCGCACAGAGACAUCUCCAGCUCCUCAUUAAAGAGAGAAGAUUUGGACCACUCCAUGUGGUCCAACCAGUGUCCUUCACAGGACCUUCAGCCACCUCUGCUCUCCUCCAGCUCCACCCAAACACAGAUCCAGACAGGAGAGAUGAGUGGCUCCAGAACCACCGAGCUACAGGAACCAGUGUCAGCUGAUAUUAAAGAGGGUCCAUCAGAACCCCAAGGUUAUGGCUCAUCACAGUCAGCACUGAACCAGCCCAACACUGUAGAACCUGAACCAAGCUCAGAACCUAACACCUCUGAGCGUAAAGCAUCAGACAGAACCAGGUCCAGAGAUAAAUCACCAUCUGGGAGGAAAAUGAGAUUAUCUAAGUCACCCCAGAGGAGCAAAGACCAGAAGUCGUCAAAGAGAGAGAAAAGAUCCAAGUUUCCUCACAGGAGCUACAGGAGGAGGUCCAGGUCCAGGUCCAGGAGUCGCUCAGUGAGGAAGAGGUCUCGGUCCAGGUCCAGGGUCAGGCGGACUCGGAGGUCGCGCUCACGCUCAGUGUCCCGCAGCCGAAGGAGGGCAGCGUACAGCCAGAGGGACAGAUGGAAACGAGAACCAAGCCACUCCCCUGUUCUCAUCCUCCGCAAAAAACGAACACCCCCCAGGAAAGAUAGGAGCCGGAGUGGAAGCCCCCACCGCAUCAGUGAGCUAGAUAAAGAGCAGUUGUUGGAAAUCGCCAAGGCCAAUGCUGCUGCCAUGUGUGUGAAAGCUGGCAUGCCGGUCCCUGCCAGCCUCCAGUCCACAGUUCUGCCCCUGGCUCUGCCCAGCAUGGCCAUGAAUGCUGCCAUGGCUAGUAUGACUGCUGCCUCGGUGACUGCAGCCCUGUCUAACAUGGGCACCCUGUCCUCGCUGCUCCAUCUACCCUCCAUCAGUAACAAACCACCUCCGGUUUGUGUCCAGAACAACUCCUCUGCUCUGGAGGAAGUCAAGAAGAAAGUGGCCAAACAGGCCAACAGCAUCAGCAUCAAGGAAUUUACUGAUAAAUGCAAGAUGAUCGUGGACAGCACCGGAGAGCUGCCGGUUGCUCUGCCUCACGUCUCUGAUGACGAGGAUGAUGGGAAGGUGUUUGGAGGAGCUGCAGCCAUCCGAGAGCAGAAAGUCAUCAGCUUCAACAUUACUAACUCGACAGCUCGUCCAUCGGGGCGCUGUGAUGCAGAAAUGGCCAAAGAGUUUCCUGUGUCUUCAGGGUCUCAACAUCGAAAGAAGGAGGGGGACGGACUGGGGGCCUAUGGAGAGUGGGUUCCUGUGGAGAAAACCACAGUAAAGGUUUCCACUGGUCCCAAAAAGUCCAGUGUUCCCACUGUGACAUCAUCGUUGAUACCACCUGAGGAUACGGCAGUGAGCUUGGGUCUACCUGAUGUUAUAGAGCAGCCGACGCCAGCGCCAGACAAGGACAGUGUGUUCCCUGAAACACAACUACAGCCCGUGGAUAUUUCUCAAGCUGUGACUGAGAGGAUCAAAGCUCAGAGGCGAUUGGCUGAGAACCCCUAUGACAUCAGCGCCAUGUGCAUGCUCAGCCGGGCUCAGGAGCAGGUGGAUGCGUGGGCCCAGUCCAGCAACGUUCCUGGCCUUUUCACUGGUUCUACUGGAGCUCAGGUCCUGAGCUCUGAGGAGCUGUCCACCAGCGGACCUCAGGCGUGGCUCAAGAAGGACCAGUUCCUCAAGGCUGCGCCGGUAUCAGGGGGUGUUGGGGAGUUCCUGAUGAGAAAGAUGGGCUGGAGGACAGGAGAAGGUCUCGGGAGAAACCGGGAGGGUACGGUGGAACCGAUCGUCAUUGACUUCAAGGUGGACAGAAAAGGUCUGGUUGCAGAAGGAGAAAAGCCCCAGAAGCAAACAGGAGGACUGGUUGUAACCAAAGACCUAAUGGGGAAACACCCAGUUUCUGCGCUCAUCGAGUUAUGCAACAAGAAACGCAUCAUGCAGCCAGACUUUGUUAUGGUUCACCACAGCGGACCGGACCAUCGCAAAAACUUCCUCUUCAAGGUCACGGUGAGCGGCGUGGACUACCAGCCUCAGACUCCCAGUCCCAACAAGAAACACGCCAAGGCCAUGGCAGCUACGGUCGCCCUGCAGGCUCUGGGAGAGGUUCCUGCUGAUGGACCCGGACUCUACACCGGCCCCGUCUUCACCGCUGCUUCUACCGGACCCCUUUUCUCUACAUGAGUUCAGAGAAUACGUGUCCCCCCCUGAAGUCCAACUGGUCCUCUUGUGCAUAAAGAGAAACAAAAGAUCAGAACCGUCAGCAGGUUUCACAAGUUCCUUCAGUCUGAGCCUUUUUUUUUCCAUCUCCAUGUUAGAUGAGUAAAGAGACAUUUCUGAUGC